AUGACUCUUUAAAAUAUUGGCCCCUUUUAUUAAAUCAAUAAAUAUUUCGCUACCAAGGUGACAAUUAUGAAGGUGUUUCAACACCAAAGGUGCUUGGCACACGCAAGGCACCAUCUGCAUGCAAUUCCUAAAGUAGUCGAAUGUCGACGCCUACAAGUAUAGCGAUGACAAACUUUUUGGAUCAAUUGCCUAAGCAUAUAAGAGAAAUGGCAGAACGUGUGAAUGUGCUGUCACCGGAAGUUAUGUUGACUACGCCUAGGAUUAAAUUUCUGGACACCCGUACUAAGGAGUUGGACUCGUUGGUGCACAAAUGCACACCGGAGGAUGUGCGCGUGCUGAAGGAAGCAGCGGCCAAGUGGUUGGCCGAGACCCUAGUUUCGAAUGGUUCCCUCUUUAGACCGCUCGUUUUUACUAAAUUGUCACGACUGACCUUUGGCUGUGCUGCACUUGACCGCUGCACAGGAGGAGGAGUUAUAACACGUGGCAUUACGGAAAUUUGCGGACCUGCCGGUGUAGGCAAAACACAGCUUCUAUUGCAAUUAUCACUGUGUGUCCAACUGCCAGUCAGUCUCGGAGGGCUUGGGAAGGGUGUCGCCUACAUAUGUACUGAGCAUCUGUUUCCCUCCCGCCGUUUGCUACAGAUCUCAAAAGCCUUUGAGAAACGCCACCAUGACAAGAAGUUUAAUUAUUUGGGCAACAUUUACAUCGAACAAUUGUACGACAAUGAAUUACUGCUGGAAUGUGUGCUUCAACGGCUUCCGCGCUUGUUGCAAAAGUAUGACAUUGGAUUGAUUAUUAUCGACUCGGUAGCCACAGUUUUUCGGCUUUACCCAGACAUAAGUCAGCGAGCUCGUGACAUGCGUCGUCUGGCGAACGCGCUGCUUAGCUAUGCGGAAAAGUACAACCUGGCGGUCAUUUGCGUCAAUAAGUUGGAGUCGCUACCCUGUCUGGCUGCUGGAAAGCUCCAAGAUGUGCCACCCCUGGUCUUGCACUGGGCGCACCUUGGACGCACGCGCAUGCUGAUCACCAAAGUGCCUAAACAGCGAAUAGUUGCGAAUGAGCUACUGACCGUGCGGAAGCUCGAGAUAAUGUAUUCGCCGGAGACGCCAAAUGCAUUCGCAGAGUUUUUGAUCACCAUUGAGGGUGUCAUCGACGUGCCACCACCCGAAUUGGAAAUGCCAGGCAGGAAAAUACAUCGUGAUUAAUAU